UUAACUGACAAUUGGCCUUCUAUUCUGGAAAUAUGUCAUUACUUUCAAGAGUUGCACGUCAUUGAUGGAAUUCCUCAGCUCAUAUUUGUUAGAUCAAACUACACCAUUGAGACAGUAGAGGCCGAGCGAAUUUCAGUUGAUCAUGUAGCUCAUCUUAAGCCAUCUGAUGGUGGCUCGGCUGCAACACAAUUGGCUGCCCAUCUGACUGGCAUGCAUAGUGCCAUCAAAAUGCUAAAUAGCAGAAUUAGAGUUGUUCAUCAAUAUCUGCAAGCAAUGCAGAGAGGUGAUAUUCCUCUUGACAAUUCAUUGCUUAGACAAGUCUUGAGCCUUCUGAGAAGAUUGCCAGCCAUGGAAUCAGAGAAGUUCCAAGAUGAUUUUCUGAUGGAAUUUAACGACACACUUCUCAUGACCUACCUCAUGAUGUUCACAAACUGUUCAAGUACCAUGAAUGAGCUGGUUGAUAAAUUCAACACAACCUAUGACAGGCAGAGUAGAAGGGGAGGCCGGACUGCUUUCAUAUAGCUGGUGUGCUUGUUUUACUGGCAUUCUGUCUCGAAGUUUUUCCUUCAUUAGUUGGUUCUAGAGUUAAAUUUUCUUCUCAGUUAUAGAAGGGGUGAUCAUAUGCUUCAUACUUUUUGUAACUUCUCAUUUUUGCUGUUGAUGCCUCCAGAUAGGAGGGUAAAGUUUUUAACCUUGUUUUUGAAAUUUGUUUGUGCAUCAAAGAUCUAUCGCAUGGUUUGGGUCAUGCAUUCUAGAUUUCAGAAUGUUUUGCAAACUCGAAUUCCCUUUGUUCUUCUCAACAGGUGGUAUUGAAGUUUUAAGAAAUGAGAAUGGAAUUUGUCAUGUGUUUGUUUA